AUGUUUGUGGAUUACUAUGCGCUUCUCAACCUCCAUCCGUCGUGCUCGGCGAAGGAGGUGCGAGAGGCGUUUAAGCGCUUAGCCCUGCUGCACCACCCAGACCGCGUGGACGACGGCUGCGGUGAACACUUCCGCGAAAUCAAGGAUGCCUACGAUGUUCUGAGCGAUCCUGCACGCCGCUACCUGUACGAUUUGGGCUACGCGGAGAUACUCUGGAUGCAGCAGCGGCAGCAGCAGGAGGCGGAGCAGCGGAGACGCGAAGCAGAGCGGCUUGCAGAGUUGUUGCGGCGGCAGCCCACCCGGCCGCCUCCGCCGCGCAAGGAUGCGCACGCUGAACUCACAGCGCGGUGCUCCUCAACGGACGGCUCCACCCUCGCGUCGCGCACACCGUUGUCCGCCAGUCGUCGCACACUCGCUCCAACGCGACCGGGGUCCGCUGACAAACAGAAGGAGGUGGUGGCAGCGCAGGCAAUCCCGCGUCAGGGUUCCGCGCUCAUGGCCGUGCGGGGUAGCCGCGCAGCAGAGCCACAACGUAGCGAAACCCCUGUGGGUCUUCAAAAGAUUGAAGCGCCGCACGCCCACCAGACGACGAGUGACUCAUCACUCUCCGAUGUGAGAUUUGCACCUGAGUCGACAGGCUCUAGUAGCCAUGGCCAGACUGAGGAUGGGCUACUUGGCCAGAAGCAGCGGUCACAACAACAUCCAAUGGAGGAGAAACAACAACAGCAGCAGAGACGUCAGGUUAUCUCCGGAAGACGCUUCAGCGGUUCUUCGGUUAUUGUCCCGAAGAAAACGACCCUGCAGUGGGGUGUGGAGAAGCAACGCCCACAGCCUGGGCUCGUUGUACCGGCAGAGGGAUACCUCCACACUAGUGUGCGAAAAACGUGGAAAGUCUUCUUUCAUCUACCAGAAACAGCU